UUGGAGGUGGGAGUUGGCGCUGCGGGCCGGGCAGGGGCCGCGGGGCUGCGAUGCGGACGUGCCCGCGGCGGUGACCGGAGCUGCCGCCCGACAUGAACUCGCUGGAGCAGGCGGAAGAUCUCAAGGCUUUCGAGAGGAGACUUACUGAAUAUAUUCAUUGUUUGCAGCCUGCCACUGGCCGUUGGAGAAUGCUUCUUAUAGUGGUAUCUGUCUGUACAGCUACUGGUGCCUGGAACUGGUUAAUAGAUCCUGAGACACAAAAGGUGUCCUUCUUCACAUCAUUAUGGAAUCAUCCUUUUUUCACCCUUAGUUGUAUCACUCUAAUAGGCUUGUUCUUUGCUGGAAUACACAAGAGAGUAGUUGCACCAUCAAUUAUAGCAGCUCGAUGUAGAACUGUAUUAGCAGAAUAUAAUAUGUCUUGUGAUGAUACAGGAAAACUAAUUUUGAAACCUAGGCCUCAUGUUCAAUGACAGUCUACAUUCAUUGUUAUGGGACCUAAAACAGCCUUUCUUCAUAUAAGUGGUACAGCAAAAAGCCAUAAAGGAUUCCUUUUACAGUUGGAUAUGUGAAAGUCAUAGCAACAGCUGACAAGAAGUGUGCAAUAUUACCCAGAUUAUCUUGAUGAUGAUGACUCGAAUUACCAGUGUUUUGGUACCUCUGAUUAUCUGUGUUUCAGUGUUCGUGUCACUUUAGUACUUCAGGUCCUGCAGAGUUUUUGCAGAUGAAGUAUAUAUGUAUGUUACUAAGUUAAACUUAGAAACAGAACCUCAUCCAGUUUUUAUAAUGUAUUUUUGCAAACUACUGUAAAUAGCAAAUCAAUGCCAAUGUUAAAAGAGGGAAAUGUUGUGUGGAGUAUGUUCUCCUGCACCAGUAUUUCAGGAACAUCUGCUUGCCAUCUCCACAGCUCUCUCAAACCAGCUAUUAUGUAUAGCUGUGCCUUUCGUUCUUCACUCCUCUGUGUUAGUCAUAAUGCAGAAAGAGCAUUGGGUUGAGCUAAGACUGAGAAAAGCUCAUCUCCAUUAUGUUGUAAGAAAUUCUAGCUGUUAGAGAAACAACUUUUGUUAAACCCAGUAGUGAACGUCAGCCACUAUGGUGAUAUUUUCCAGUUCCUUGUUUUCAUUUAAAUAUACUUUUAUUUUUUUAAUAAUUUUAAAAAUACUCCAAAGGCUUCUGGAUAUACCAGUUUAGUUAUAAAUUAUGUAUUGUCUGGGAAUUUGAUAUUCAUUGUUUUAGUUAACUGCAUUUUAUGCUGUGGUAGACAUGCUGUUAUACUAGUAUUGCACAGGUGUAACUGACAUCCUCCAUGUAAGGAUACCUGGGAGGGGUGCCACGCACUAGUCGGCAGUUCUCACUGUUUAGAGUGUUACUGACAUACUGUGUAUGCAUAUUAGUCACAUGUACUAUAAUAGCCCUUAAAAUUAAACUAUUGGAAUUGUAAAUAUUUUAAAGAACUGGAGGUGCCUUUUACCUGUUUAUUAGAAGAUUUUGAAAAGGUUAAAUUAUUUCAUGAGCUGUCUUUUAAAUUUCAUUUAACAUAAAGCUAAUAAUUCAAUAAUAGGACAAAAACUUUUUAACAAGGCUAUCAUCUAACUUCAGUGUGUUCAUUUGGCUUUCACACGUAUAGAAUUUUAUUCUUUGAACUGCAGCAAUAAAACCCUCUGGUCCUAAGAAGUCUUAAGAGGGUAUUCUGUGUAUUCUGCAUUGUUUUAUUUUCUGUAAAUUUUGUAGGUAAAUAUGUGCAUAAAAAUAAAUACUUUAUAUAUAAUUAG